AUCAGCUGUCAAAUUCUGUGUUAGGAGAUAGAAUAAACUUGUUGCCAAAUUGUGAAUGUGAAGAUCCCGAGGACAAUAUUUACUGUCGACAAAUUUAAGAAAAAUUGUGGAAACUGGCUUUACACAAUAUAUAAUACUCCGAAAAAUUCAGCGGAGACUUUAGUCACGUGACCGUGGAAGUUUUUCGUAAACAAGAACGGAAAAGACCAGCAGAUGGAGGGAUAAAAAGUCGUGUGGCAUUUCCAUAACAGGGGCGAUUGUCGACACGAAACCGUCAGCAGAUGUAGAGUACAUGUCCAUCUGCCCGUCAAUGCACGUGAUGCCGUAGUCGGCGAAGUUUUGGGGGAGAAAUAUGAAGCCAGAGACAGGAUCACCAGACAUGGAGGACUGUGUUUGGAACCCGGUGGAGUUGUUUGUAGAUGUUGGAAUUUUGAUUGUUGAAGCAAGGACACCUGACCUCUCGCCUAAAGGUCGUAGUGAAGGUCAGCAUUGCCCUCCAGCACAGGGAGUUCAAGGGGUCAAGGUCACUCCAUGGCACCAGUGUGACCUUCACAGGGAGCAGUGUCGUCGGGCGGACCAGAUAAAGACUCAGAUCCUGAAACUGUCCCGGAAUCACAUUCCACUGAUUAUCGAGGUGCUUUUGUUGCCAGACUGUGAUCACGGUCGUCUGGAGGCUUGCUCUGUGGACGGGAGUGGGGUAGGCUGUAAUGAUGAUUCUGUACUACUGGAGAGAUGGGAAAUUCUUCUGCAACAAAAAAGAUCUGACCGUGUGGACUCGAGCAGUGUGACCGGCCGGUUCCUGCUCCAGGCACUAAGGUCCUACCUUCACUUCUCGCAGCUCAGCUCCUGGCUAAUCUCAAAAAAGGGUUGUCUUCCCCUGCAAAUUGUCUACAGGUUAUAUUCUCCGGGAGAGACGGUGGUUCCCGGCUUUACAGACACCGGUGAGAUGCACAGCUUCCCUGUGGCAGAUCUCGGGACUGAGAGAUUGAAAGUCUCAGUUGUCUCAAUGCCCAGAUUAGCUGAAAUCCCAAAUCUCCUCUGUCAAGAUGAGAAAAAUGUCUCGAUGAGGAAAAAAGCUAGUCCUGAUCGAGACCUGAGUCCGAAGGUCAUGUCUCCUACAAGCAUUCUAAAUAAACCUAGUUCAGAUUUUGGAAAUUCCAGAAGCAGUGCAAGUGUACCCAGCAUUAAGCCCAGUCAAUCUGUAGGAAGUGUACCCAGCAUUAAGCCCAGUCUAUCUGUAGGAGCAUGGAGCAAGAAGACCGAGGAACUCCGUAGGACGUCUCCAGAGUUGUUUCAAGAUAAUGGAAACAAUUUACCUGACCUCCAUCAAGGAACCAGUUUAAACAGAGGGGGUCCCAUAAUUAGUCAGGAGUCUGGAGCAAUUCCAAAACAGAGGGGACAAGGACCGAGAGGAGGGGUAGACUCUCUGACCUCCAAACCACCUGUUGUCAAGAAACUUCAGGCUCAAGUGCCUGUGGAAAGAUCAGGUAUAAGUCCUGAUGUGUCCGAGUUAAAGAUGUCAUUUAAAGCCCAACCUUUGCCAUUAUUACCAGAUGAACCACCCAAUCAGAGAGAUUCUGACUUUCUGGUGAGUCGCUUACCAAGUCCGAAAGUCCUGUUCACCUCAGCAGGAAAAUCCACACAGACAUUCUACAAAAAGCGCCAUCUGGAUUUGAGUUCGCCAGAAUCCAUUGAGGAUCGUGUUCUUGCCAGUAAAAUCUCAAACCUUGUCAAACCGCUGAACUCUGAUGAUCUAGAAAAUUACCUUGCGAGUUUAUCUUCACACCAGCCAGAGAAAGGACUUGGAGCCAGUCUAAGCAACAUUCCCACAAUGCAUUGUAAAUAUUGUAAAUUUAAUGUCGGAGAUGAGCCAAGCUCGUCUUUAUCAAAAUCUGACAUAGGACAGCUGACCUCGCAUGAUAAAUCCUCGCUCAGGCGGAUUCUGCAGGAGUCGUCUGUUUCACCCGAUGGAGUUAAAGCUGCUGGAUGUCACUCUAGUCAAACCCCACAGACAGGUAGUCAAACCCCACAGAGAGGGAAUGACUCGGACGUAUCAGUUGUCUGUAAUCUACAGAAGAUAUUGUCAUCAGAAUCUCAAAAUCUCCACAUACAUACGGACAGUGUCCAACCUCAUAGCUCAUCCGAAACAAAGUCAAAAGAAGAUAGCUGGAAAUCAUCCAUAAAAAACAAUGAAAGGCAGGACAGGCAGGUACAAGGUGCCUUGUCUCACAAACACAAUGUCCAACCUCACAGCUCCUCAGAACCAAAGUUGAAAGAUCACUGGAAUUCAUCCAUAGAACACAGUGAACAACGGAACAAGCAAGUACAGAGUCUCUCAUCUCACAGAGAAUCCGAGGAGCACUCCUCUGUAUCCAGUGAGACCUACUCGCUGUUCGAUGACUUUGUUGAUGAUAUUUGUGACCUUAGUGCUAGUGCGAUGUUGAAGAGUAUACCAUGUGUUAAUAGUAGGACAGAGAUUGAAUCCAAAGUGGACAAAAUGCAACACGAGUCACUUACACCAACAGAUGUACACAUACAAAACAAUUCAUCAGAACCACAGUCACUUACACCACCAAGCUCACAGGCAGAUCCCACUCAAAAAUACCCAGAUCCCACUCAGAAAUACCCAGAUCCCACUCAAAAAUACCCAGGUCCAAGAUCCAACUUUAGGAAGAGUUUUUCUGAGCCAGAAAUGUUAGGUCACCAGUUGACUUUGUGUCAGUUGGAUGAGUUAAAGCUUUCGCCUGAUGAGAAUUUGUCGGAUUUAGAUUCUGUGUUGUCCAAAUCAUUCCAUGACAUUUUCAGCUUGGACAAAUCGUCCAGCGACUCGACUCCUACAAACAGUCUUUCAGAAUCCAACGGAUUCAAACAUUAUUGUGAUAUCAAAUCUAGAGACGUAUUUAAAGACUUGACAAAAAGUUCAACAAACUCAUCCACAUGUAAGAGCUCAAAUAACCAAGAUUUGAUGAUCUGUACAAACAGUGUUACAGAAGUGAAUGCCCCAGACAGUCAGAAUUAUGAUAGAAUAAAGUUGGGAGGAUCCGGAAGAGGUGAAAUUGAGAGGAAUGGAUUCAAAGAGGAUGAAACUGACAGUGGUGGAUCAAGGAGGAGCAUGUGGGAGAGGAAUGAAGUUGGUGAAGAAGGAUCUAAGAUUAUUGCUGGUGCAUCCAACAGAAGUGGAUCACAGAAGACCAAAUCGUCACUGUGUCAACAACUCCUGAAGAAAGAACUGCAGCGCUCUUACACUAGUGAUUCGGUGGAGAUUCACACUAAGUUCCCGACUCAGGAGCAGGUUCAUCGCUUUCAGAGAAACCUGGAGCAGUCCUCGAACAUGGUGUUCAACUCCAGCACAGGGCUACCCUCCCGAUCCAGUCCGGCCCCUCUGAAGCGUAAGACGGUAGGGCGAUUUGACUAUGACAAUACCCUGGUGAAUUCCAGAGCCAUUAAAAAUGCUCUAUCCUGCUCCAAACUGACCUUGGAUUCUGAAAGUUCGAGGUCAGCUGUCACACCUGACCAGUCACGCAUUCUGAGUACGUCUGCACCCGCCUCCACCAACUGCCUGCUGGGAAACUUUGAGGAGUCGGUGUUGAAUGGCCGUAUUGAGCCAAUCGGAGUGGUGGAUGGAUUUACAUGUGACAUCGGGGCAGGUGGAUCCUUCUGUCCCAAACAUGUGUCACUUCCUGUCACUGCCUACUUCUUCCAAUUGUCAGAUGACAAUGCCCCAUCACCUUAUCUUGGUCAUAUUAAUUUGGAAAAUUUAGGGAAGAAAGGAUACCACAUACCAAAGUGUGGCACAGUACAAGUAACUUUAUUCAACCCCAACAAGACGGUCAUCAAAAUGUUUGUUGUCAUGUAUGAUCUCAGUGAUAUGCCCCCACAGUGUCAAACAUUCCUGCGACAGAGAACUGUGUAUAUGCCAGUGGAAGAAAACAGCUCACAGCCAUCAUAUCUCAGAUACCUCAUUCAUCUCAGGUUUGCUAGUUCAAAAUCAGGAAAGCUCUUCCUCCACACAGACAUCCGAGUUUUGUUUGCCAGAGACAAGUUUGAGUUUGAUCCGAAUGUCGCCAAGUACGAGUUACGAUCCUUUACUGAGGCCCCAUCCAACCCAAAGUUUUCACCGCGGAGGUGAUGACGGCGAUACCUAGGUCAAUUCUAGGUCACAUUCAGAUCAUUGCUAUGUUUUCAGGCCCGUAACCACGAUUUUUUAUUCAGAUCAUUGCUAUGUUUUCAGGCUCAGGACCACGAUUUUUUUCUGGGGGGAUGCAAGUAUCGUAGAAGUGAAAUUUUUAGCAAAACCCAAAUUUAGCGAUAUCUCCAUAAAAAUGGGUUUAUAUACAUGUAUGUAUUUAGCAAAAGCUGGACUGCAUUAAAGAUCGGGGAGGGUAAGAUCAUAGAUAAUGAUUUCUGAGUAGAAAAAUGGGGGAGGGUAAGAUCAUAGAUAAUGAUUUCUGAGUAGAGAAAUGGGGGAAGGGGGGGGGUGUAAGGGUAAGCUCAUAGAUAAUGAUUUCUGACACGUAAAAUAUAUCAAACUGGGUAAAGAAUUGUGAUGGGGGGAGAUCAUAGAUAAUGAUUUCCAACAGGGUAAAACAUCGUUUUCUGAUAAUGCUUUGGUUUAAGUAAUUUUACGGGCUUGAUUUUAUCUAACGUAGAUUUCAAUACUGUUUAAGGGGCGAGAUCAAAAGAUCGAUGUCGGAUUAAAAUCAAAAUUUUAAUAGUUGUAGGGAGAACAAAAUCUCCCGUAAAUUUCUGUCAUCAGACAUGAAUUACACUUCAGUGGAAAAAGAAAAAAGACAUUUAAGCGAUUGUUAAAAACCACAUAAUAAUAUUACAUCUUAAAGAACAUUUGAUAGUUUUAAUGUGCACUUUCAUUUAUGAAUAAAUAGUAAAAACGGUACACAGGGUGUUACUCAUAAUGGUGUUUUUACUCGUUAAUUGCAUUCAUAAUAUUUAGUUUUUAAAGGUGAAAACUAUGUGAAAUAAGUUUUUUGUCAGACAUUGAACUUUUGAUCUCGCCCCUAAGUCGGUUAUACAUGCAGCUUAAAUAUACACACUAAAGGUACUAGUUUCCAUGGUAACACAUUUUGUCAUGAUCUGAGAGUUUAUACCAUAUUCAGUGGAAAUCUUGCAAAAUUGUGGAGGUUUUGUAAAUUAUUGACGGAUAUUUGCGACCAUGAUUGAAAAAAGCACAGUUGUAUUAUUAUGAUGGCUGUAUUGAGAUUUUUAUUGAAGUCAAAUAUACAUGAAAGGUAAAUCUAGGUCCUUUAUGACUACUGUAGGUCAUUGCUUGUAAUAUAUUACAUUUUAUUGUGAAACAUACGACAGGAAUGAUUCGUUUAUGUAUGAUUUAUGAGUGUAUACAAGUUAAUCUGAUUCUAAUUGUUACCUAGCAACAAGCGGGGUUACAGAAUUGCGACGAUGAGGAGGUAUUUUUGUUAUCCAAGUCCACCACCCUGCAGUGCUGCAGAAUCAAACACUGUUCAUGAUCCCCGUCACAGUAAUAAGUUUAUUGACUUGAGUUGACAUGAAGACUUGGAUUUUUUUCUUCUGUUUUCGGAUUAUUUCAGAUUUUAGUGUGUAGUGUUGAGACAUGAUAUUUAUUGUUAAUGAAUGAUGUAUGAUGACUCUAUAAACUUACUUCUAUAAAUAUUUAAA